AUAUAGUAUUGUUGUUGAAGUAUAUAAUGAUCUCCUGGUCCUGCUCAUUUCACUCAGCAUCAGAGAACCAACAUUUCUUGAUCUUGAUCUUUUUAACUCUUCUCCCUUCUCUGGAGAGGGAGCAGGGCAGUUGUGCCUGGGCUCCUUCUGACCCUUCAUUAUGUGUGGUAUGAAGGAAGUGGGAAAAACCAUACCAAGCUGUUACAUAGAUUCUGGGAAUUGCAAAACUAGUUCAGGUGGCUCAUGUGCUCAUUCUCUUUCAGCAGCCCUCCAUCUCUGGAACUUGACUUUCUCCCCGAGGGAAAUAUAGAAGAAGAAAUGGAUCUUGUGUUGCUGACAGCCAAGCCUCAGGAAUGUGUGACAUUUAAAGAUGUGGCUGUGAACUUCACCCAAGAGGAGUGGCAGCAACUGAACCCUGCUCAGAGGGACCUCUACAGAGAAGUAAUGUUGGAGAACUAUAGAAACCUCAUCUCACUGGGGCUACCCGUUUCUAAACCUGAUGUGAUCUUCCAGUUGGAACAAGGAGAAGAGCCGUGGAUGCUUGAUCUACAAAGAAUUGAAGAGGGAGAGAUCUCAAGAAACAUGUAUUUGGACAAGAAGAGUAAAUCUGAGACCGAGGGGUCAGCUCUUUUAAAGCAGAUCAUUUCUGAAGAAAUAAAAUCAUCAGGGACAUUAAUAGAAAGAUUCACAAGAGAAAUAACUGUACCUGAAGUUAGAUUGGAAAAGAAAAGAGAAAACUCUGAAAGGAAGAUAAGUAGAAAAUCUGUUUCCCAUAAGAGAAAUCUCAAGAAAAUGUCAAUUAAUGACAAAAAGAAUCCCAGUAAGGAGAAAGGUCCUGAAUGUAAUAUAUGUGGGAAGACCUUCAGACACAGAAGUAGUCUUCGGAGACAUCAGAUUACCCACACAGGAGAAAGACCCUAUGAAUGUAAUGAAUGUGGGAAAGCUUUUUUUGACUGUUCAUCCCUAACUAUACAUGAAAGAAUUCAUACUGGAGAGAAGCCCUAUGAAUGUGAUGAAUGUGGAAAAGCCUUCUUUAACUGCUCAAAUCUUACCAGACAUCAGAGAAUACAUACUGGAGAGAGUCCCUACAAAUGUAAUGAAUGUGGUAAAGCUUUCAGACAUAGCAGUAGCCUUAGGAGACAUCAAAUGACUCACACGGGACAAAGACCCUAUGAAUGUCACGAGUGUGGGAAAGCCUUCUUUGAUCGUUCAACUCUAAUCAUACAUGAGAGAAUUCAUACUGGAGAGAAGCCCUAUGAAUGUGAUGAAUGUGGGAAAGCCUUCUUUGACAAAUCAUCUCUUACACAACAUCAGAAAAUCCAUAGUAAAGAGAAACUCUAUGAAUGCAAUGAAUGUGGGAAAGCUUUUAAUUUGAGAAGGCACCUUAACCGACAUCAAAUAACUCAUACUGGAGAAAAACCUUAUGAAUGUAGUGUAUGUGGGAAAGUUUUCAGUCGCAAGUCAUCUGUUAUCCAGCAUCAACGACGUUAUGCCAAAGAAAUCUGCGUCAGGUGCUCCAUGGCCAUCCACUGUUCCAUGCUCUCCGUACCCCUUGUGUGGUACCCAGAUGCCGAGCUCCCCUCUCACAGGAACCCGUCCAGAUCCAUCCGCUUCGGCGGGGACUCCGCCGGCUCUUCUCUGAAGCUCUGCUGUCAGGCGACCCGGAACCACACACUGCCCGGAGCCGCCGGACUCACCCCGGCGCGCCGCGGCUGGGAAGGGAAAGCGGGCUCAAGCCGGUCCAUUCAUGCCCCGGGAGGGAAGAGGGCUUUCUCCCGGCCCCCGGCGCCCCCUGUCCGGCCGCAGAGCCCUCCUCGGCUCGAGGACACGCACCCCAAUAACCGGCUUCCUGCACUCAGCUGUCGGACCGCCCUGCGCUGGUCCGGGACCCACAAAGGAAACCAGUUUCCAGACCGGAAGGAAGCGCUGGCUUCGCCGACCGUUGAACUGCGAUUCCCAGAAGCCCCUGGACGGCGCUGCCGCUUCCGUUUCGCCAUACUUUCUCAGAACUCUUUCUUUUCCCAAGAGGAAAGCAUAGAAGAGCAGGGAAUGGAUGCUGUGUUCCUGAUUGCCAAAUUCCCGGAAUUGGUGACAUUCAAGGAUGUAGCUGUGAACUUCACUGAGGAAGAAUGGAGGCAACUGAGCUCUGUUCAAAGGGACUUGUACAGGGAUGUGAUGUUGGAGAACUACAGAAACAUAAUUUCACUGGGUUUUUCCAUUUCUAAACCUGAUGUGAUUCUCCAGUUGGAAAGAGGGGAAGAACCAUGGAUAGUCAAUCUAAAGAGACCUGCAGAGAGAUUGAACCCACCACAUACCUCUACUGAUUGGGGAAAUAGGCCUGAGACUGAGGAUUCAACUCCAAAACACAACAGAUAUGAAGAAGUUGAAUCCCCAGAUAUAUUAAUGGGAAAAAUCAGAGGGGACAUUCCAGUGAAGCUUGUAUUUGGAAGAAUUCGUGUGCCUGAGAGCAGAAGGGAGAGGCAAAGGGGAGACACUUCAGGGGAAACUUGGAAAAAAGUUUUCUCCCAAAAGAAAGGACAAGUUACCAUGACUUGCAAGAAAACUUCCAUGAGAGGGAGAGUCCAUGCAUGCAAUGAUUGCGGCAAAACUUUCAGUCACCAUUCAACCCUUGUUCGUCAUCAUAUAAUUCAUACAGGAGAGAAACCUUAUGUAUGCAGUGAGUGUGGAAAAGCUUUCAAUCAGCACUCAGCCCUUAUUAGACAUCAUAUAAUUCAUACUGGAGAGAAACCCCAUAAAUGUCAUGAAUGUGGGAAAGCCUUCUUCAUCCGUUCUUCCCUUAUUCAGCAUCAAAAAACUCAUACUGGAGACAAUCCCUAUGAAUGUAAUAAAUGUGGUAAAGCCUUCUUUGGUCUGUCAACCCUUACUCGACAUCAGAGGACUCAUACUGGAGAAAAGCCCUACCAAUGUAAUGAAUGCGGAAAAUGCUUCUUUGAUGGCUCAUCUCUUACACGACAUCAGAGAAUCCAUACUGGAGAGAAGCCCUAUGAAUGUAGUGUGUGUGGGAAAGUCUUCAGUAGCAAGUCAUCUAUCAUCCAACAUCAGCGACGUCAUGCUGGUGAAUAAAUGGGAAGACAUAAUGAAUUUGAGGAAACCUUUAGUCAAAGGCUGCCACUUUCCGGGAAAAAUAAAAUUCAUACUGGAGAAAAACCCUAUAUAUGUAAUGAAUGUGGAAAAGGUUUCAGCCAGAGCAUACACCUUACUCUUCAUCAGCGAAUUCAUACUGGAGAGAAGCCCUAUGAAUGCAAUGAAUGUGGAAAAGCCUUCAGUCACCGAUCAGCCCUUAUUCGACAUCACAUAAUUCACACUGGAGAGAAACCCUACGAAUGUAAUGAAUGUGGGAAAGCCUUUAAUCAAAGUUCAUACCUUACUCAACAUCAGAGGAUUCAUACUGGAGAGAAACCCUAUGAAUGUAAUGAGUGUGGGAAAGCCUUCAGUCAAAGCACAUUUCUUACUCAACAUCAGGUAAUUCAUACUGGAGAAAAACCCUAUAAAUGUAAUGAAUGUGGGAAAGCCUUCAGUGACCGCUCAGGACUCAUUCAGCAUCAGAGGACUCAUACUGGGGAGAAACCUUAUGAAUGUACUGAAUGUGGGAAAGCCUUUGGUUACUGCUCUGCUCUCACUCAACAUCAGAGGACUCAUACUGGAGAAAAACCUUAUAAAUGUAAUGACUGUGAGAAAGCUUUUAGUGACCGCUCAGCCCUUAUACGACAUCAGAGAACUCACACUGGAGAAAAACCCUAUAAAUGCAAGGAAUGUGAGAAAGCCUUUAGUCAGAGUUCAUCUCUUACAAAACAUCAGAAAACUCAUACUGGAGAGAAACCUUAUAAGUGUAAUGAAUGUGAUAAAGCCUUCAGCCAGAGCUCUUCCCUCUCCCAACAUCGAAAAACUCACACUAGCAGUAAAACCAGUAAAUAUGGAAAUGUCUUCAGCGAUCACUCAGCAUUUACUCAACAAAAGAGAAUUCAUACUGGAUAGAGAUUCCACAAAUGAGUGAAUUCAGCAAAUGUUUGAGGGUUUCCUAUGUGUCUAGCACUAUGUUUAAAAGUGCUGUGGAUACUGUGAGACGCUAUUACAAAAAGACCAUGCACACCAAAAAAUUAUUAUGGUUGAUGUGUAGUCCUAUAUGGGAUCCUGAUGUAGGUGUGUUGAAUAUAAAUGUGGAAUCUUGCAUAUUUUAAAAUGUUUUAGUGGAUGACAGUGAGGGACUUCUUUGGCAAAGUCAGGCUUGUCUCUAUACCAGUAAUGUGAUGUGAGCUAUUGAAUCCCUGAGAGAGGGAGUGGGGUGACCUUCAAAGGAGUAAGGCUUUCUAAGCAAGGAAAUGGAAUACUUUAGAAAAACUGGAGGUGAAAGAAUGCAAGCUUUGGAGAAAGUGCUAUCCAGAAGACAUUAAAAGCAUUUAAAAGCAAAGGCAUGAGGAAAAAGAAGAGAAAAGAGCAGGAGUAGAUAAAUUCAAGAAGUAUUUAUUGAUAUAGGCAGCUUCAGGUGAAUACCCAUAACCAAAAUAAAGGCUGUCAAAGAAUUUUGUGCAGAGUAUCCAGAGCAUUGCUUGUAUUGGUGAGGCCUUUGGUUUUCACAAUAGUAAGUUCCACUUGGAAGCCAAAGUGUGCUAGACCAAUGGCCAGUCUAAAGGACCCUGCCCUGGCAAUUUAGGGAAAUUUUAAGAAUGCAACCUGGGCUUAUAAUUAAGAAUCAGGAUAGAUUAAUAAAAGAACUAUAACUCUAAAGCUUGGAAAUCAAUAGCAAGAUUUGCAGAUUAGAAAGCAAGGGAAUGAAGAAUAAGGACUUUUUGAUAAUUUAAAUGCUUCCUAGAUAAGUAGCUUGAGAAUGUUUUUGUGAUUUACCUCAGCUGUACAGGGUUGUAUUGCAGAAUUUGAUAUAAUUUUCUUGUGUGUUUGAAUUUCUUAUGUUCUGGGCUACAGUGGACAAGGGGAAAAAAGUAUUCUCAGAGAAAGGAAAAUAGAGAAAGCAGUUAACUAUAGGGUAGAAUUGUUUUCCUUCUCCCUUUUAACACUCCUGGAUGAUAGAAGAAAAAGUAAGGCCAUGGUGACAGAGGGCAUCAUCUCCAUAUGGUCAUUUUAUUAUAUUCAAAGAGUUUGCAUUUUGGUUGGGGGAAUAACCUUUAUCCAUAACUAUCCUGAACAUCAGAGAAUUCCUCUUGAAGAGAAAACUAUGACUGUCUUAUAGCUGUAAUCAUAUCUUCAGGUCUUUGGCUGAGCUUGACUUCUCCAGGCAGAGCAAAAGGACCAACCUUAAAGGCUAGUCUACUGGGCCACUAAUAUUUUCCAUGAUUAUUGUUAACUGCGGGUCCAGUACAGAAAUCAUGCCAGGCAGUGUCAUAAUAACAGAUCUUUUCAUUCUUAACUAAUAUGCAGAGUGGAUGCUUUAUAUACCCCAAAAUCUUAUGCGUUGAUCUGGUGUACAGAGCAGAAAUUUUUACUAAGGGAAAUUAAAGAAAUAGGAAACCCUAAAUAACAAUAUUUGUUCUCUUAAAAUUCUCUUAAAAAGCACCUUUAUAUACAUUUGAUCCUCACUAUAAUCUUAUGAGGUAGACGCUAUUAAUCCCUUUUUAUAUGUGAUUGUUGAAGCUCAGAUGCUAAGUAACUUGCCCAUAUAAUAAGUGUCUGAAUUAAAAUUUUAACUUGGUCUUUCUGGUCCACAUCUAGUGUUCUGUCCCACAUCUAGUGUUCUGUCCCCUGUGCCAAACUGUUUCUAAGCUAAUAUCCAGUUAUAAAGUAGGAAUUGUGAAAUGGUAUCUUGAGAGUGGGAUAUGAUGAAAGAAAAAUUUGAAAUGAAGUAAACAAUAGUAAUAAUAUGGCAAUAGAGGUAAUUGACUCUAGUUUGGUUCAAACCCAAUCCUAAGAAAACAAAUUAACAUCGUGGAGAAAACAAUAUAUAUAUUUAAUCUGCUAUAUUUAAAACAAUGUGAAAAGUUUGGUGGUAGUUGGAAGGGUUUUUAAACGUCAUUGAGUCCUACUUUUUAAUAUUGUGAAAACAAUAGUUGAAACUUUUACAGGUGUUUAUGGUUCUCAAAAUGUUUUACAGAUUCUCUCAUUGGAUCUUUAAAAUAUUUCACAAGUGAGGAAAGAGGCUUAGAGAGGAAGGUUAAGCCUCCCAAAGUUCUGAAGCAUUAAACUAGAUUUAAAUAAGCCAGCAAGAUUAAUUGGAUUAAAAGCUAAUGGUUUUCUAAAUUCAGGGUUUAGAAAAUAAACCGUCAAUAUUUGGUUAUUGACUGAUAGCCUCUAGGUUGCAGAAGAUUAGUGGUAAAGAGGAAGGAGCAAGUCUGCCUUUAAAACAACUAUUUACAAAAAGGAAACUGUGGAAGUUGUGCAAUAGUUAAAAUGAAAUUUUUCUUCUGUUUGAAAACCUCUACUUCCUGACUGGGACAGAAAUAUAAGUAGGGAACUCAGAUUCUGGAAAAGUGCCAGCUUCUUUCUUUAUUGAUUUAAGAAUGGACACAUGGUUUAUAAAGGCCCCUAAGAAAUUUUGUAUCUCCCAAUGUGGCAUAAAAUAACAUUAAUCCAUUAGGACUAAGUACUAGGGACAAACUUUGGCUUGUAGACCAGAGGCAAGGUCUGGAACUUGGUAGGGCUACAAACUCAGGGGAUUUAUAACCUAAAAAAUAUCAAGAUUUAAUUUUAAAUUUGAGUAAAACAAAUUAGAGGUAGGACAAGUGGAGAUGAAAUCCCAGAUGCAUAUAGAGUUAGUUUGGUGGCCUAUUCUUUUAUAAUUAUUUCUUAAAAUACUUCAUAAAAAAGUGAUUGUUAUUGCAGGUCACAUUAUUGUAUGUACUUGGAUAAACAAUGUUUAAAAAAAAUUGACUGGAAGUGGAGUGGAUGUCACAACCAAAAUGAACAGGUUCACCAUCUAGUGGCAAUCUUCAUGGAAUCUGAGGGAAUAUUUCCAAGGAGAUAGAAAAAUGAGAAGCACAUGCUAUUCUGACACAGGCUUACUUGAGAAUAAGGUAUUUUGACUAUAUAUACUUCAGGGCAUUUUAUAGACCUGAGAUGAAAGCUAGCCCAAAAUUGGAAACUUUCUCAAAGGGUAGGAAAUGUUGGUUGUUUUUGUCCCCAUAGAAGAUGCUGAAAGAUGUAAAUUACAAUAAAUUUGAAUUCCUUUAUGUUGGGAAAGAUC